AUGGCUGACGCAUCUCCGGUACGACCUGAAGGGCCUCUGAAGAAGGAGGACCCUGAGGCCGUAGCCUUGACCCAUGCGGCUGCAGCAAAGCCUGAGCUGCAUCGAUAUGUGGAGGUCUUGACGUCCUUGGACACGGUCCGCGGCUGUGCUGUGAACCCCGACCGUGGAUUUCUCCAAGCUCUGCAGAAUGCGGUGGGUUGGACCAUUGGUGGCUUCGACACGCGACCCGUUCCGGAGGCCAUGGAGCAGAAAAAAGUGGACCGCCUGCAGAUCCUGCUGUCCUACCGGCAGGAUGAGACGACCGGCGCGCCGCGAGUGAGGAUGUACGACUACCUCUGUGACAUCCUCUUUGGCAUUCCAAUGACACCCGUGGGACCCGAAGUGGUGAUGCCAGAUUUCCAGGACUUAGACGGCCACAUCGUAAAAGCCAAGUGGAUCGAGGCGAACUUCAAUGACUUCAGGGCUGGGAAGCCGCGUCCAGCGCCUGUCUUUGCUGCAAAUCGCUAUCCCUAUCAGCUCCCAACAAGGUCAGCAGACACGGAAGUCCAAGCUGUGGCGCAGCAUUGGCUGCUCUGGUACUUGCACUUCCCAUGGGAAGAGGUGGCGGAUUUCUCCGAUGAUCAGAUUGACAAGGAUGUCAGACGUGAAGUGGAACUUGUGGCAAAGUCCUAUGGCUUUGAUCGAGUGGAUUACGUGUGGUAUCGAAAUCCCGCUGCCAGCGCCAUUGUGGACACGGCUGUGUGGGUCCAAAGCAUUGACGCAAAGAUGCUGAAGAACGAACAGUCGCUGAGGGCCGAGCGCGAUGCCAUCGAAAAGAAGUUCAAGGAGGACAGACAGUCCUUUGAAGAUGAGAUCACUGGCUAUCUCAACAUGGUCAACAAGUUCAAGGAGGCAGGCGAUCUCAAGAAGAUGGACGACAACUUGGAGCACAUCCUGGCGCUCAAGGAGCACUUGGAACAUGCUCGCUACAAAGCAGAGAAGGUUCGCGAGAAGGAGGUGCUGCUGGGAUGGGAUCCUUCAGAUUUCGAGAAACUCACGGAGGCCAUCGACCGAUUGCAGCCCUAUGACGACUUGUGGGAACUGGUGUAUCGCUGGAGUAGCGAGGAAAAGAAGUGGAUGCGAGGACCGCUCUUCUCUCUGGAACCAGAGGCAGUGGACGCCUUAGCCAACUCCCUGGCCAAGAGGGCGAUGAAGUUGCAGGGCUUCUUUGAGUCGCAGAAUCUGCAAGCUCCAGUCUUUGUGGCCAAGAAGAUCAAGAAGGAUGCGGACGCCUUCAAACAACACUUGCCCUUGAUCCAUGCCUUAUGCAAUCCUGGCCUUCGUCCGCGGCACUGGGAGGAGAUCUCGGAGGUCGUGCACUUUCAGAUGGAACGCGAUGCUGCCUUUACUCUCAGUCGCGUGGUGGACAUGGAUGUCGGGAAUCACUUGACCGCUCUGCAAGAGAUCUCUGACUCAGCUUCGCGAGAGUAUGGCUUGGAAAAGACCUUGGAAUCCAUCUACGAACAGUGGCAACCUGUGGCAUUUGAGUUGAAACCUUGGAAGGACACAGAGACCUACAUUGUGGCGGGCACCACAGUGGAUGAGAUGCAAAGCCUCAUGGAUGAUCACAUCAUCAAGGUGCAGACCAUGAAAGGCUCCCCUUAUGCCAAAGCAUUUAUGGAGAAGAUCACCUCGUUGGAAUCUUGGCUUCUGCAGACACAGGAGAUCAUGGACAUUUGGAUGAAGGUUCAAGGAGUUUGGCUCUACUUGGAACCGAUCUUCUCGUCUGAAGAUAUCGUGAAGCAGAUGCCGACAGAGGCCACCAUCUUCAAGCAAGUUGACAUGGACUGGCGUGCCACCAUGGCAGCAGCAUUGGAGGCCGGGAAGGCAAUGGAGGCUACUAAGGAGGAGGGAUUGUUGGAGAUGUCGCAGAAAUGUAACGCCAAUUUGGAGGUGGUUCAGAAGGGCUUGAACGACUAUUUGGAGAUGAAGCGAUUGGCCUUUCCGCGUUUCUUCUUCCUUUCGAACGACAACCUGCUGGAAAUUUUGUCGGAAACCAAAGAUCCGACCCGGGUGAAUCCUCACAUGAAGAAGGCCUUCGAAGGAAUCCAAAGCUUGGAAUUUCAACCAGACCAACGCAUCACUGCCAUGAUCUCUUCUGAGAAGGAGGUGGUGCCAGUCAAGAAUCCAGUGGACCCCUACGCAGCUCGGGGCAACGUGGAACUGUGGUUGGUGGAGGUUGAGGCGGCCAUGCUGGAGACCAUUCGUCACGUUUGUUUGGCCUCAGAGAAGGACUACCAGGAAAGGAAGUUCACCGACUGGCUGAAGCAGUGGCCUGGGCAGGCGGUUAUCGCUAUUUUCUGCCUCUUUUGGACGCGAGAGGUGGAGGCAGGUCUGAAGAACAAUGGCAACGAUGGGGUCUUACAAGUUGCUGACAAAUUGAAACUCACUCUGACAGACAUCAUUGAUCUGGUGCGGAAUGACAUCCCUCCUUUGACGCGCUGUACUUUGGAAGCUCUCAUUGUGAUCUUUGUGCACAACAAGGAUACGGUGGAGGAAUUGGGUGCCAUGGGAACCAGUGCGGUGGAUGACUUCGACUGGUUGGUGCAGUUGCGGUACUACAUCGAGGAAAAUCCCGAGAAACCACACCAGCAGGACUUGUUUGUGAGGAUCACCAACAGCUUCCUGGGCUAUGCCUACGAGUACCUUGGAAACUCCUCCCGCCUCAUCGUUACUCCGUUGACCGAUCGUUGCUAUCGAACCUGUUGUGGUGCGCUUCAUCUUCUCUACGGAGCUGCACCUGAGGGCCCAGCCGGCACGGGAAAGACGGAGACGGUGAAAGAUUUGGCCAAGGCCUUGGCUCGAUUCUGCGUGGUGUUCAACUGCUCAGAUGAGUUGGAUUACCUGGCCAUGGCCAAGUUCUUCAAAGGUCUGGCAGCUUCAGGCGGCUGGGCGUGUUUCGAUGAGUUCAAUCGGAUUGAUGCUGAGGUGCUCAGUGUGAUCGCUCAGCAGAUCCUCUGCAUUCAAAACGCCAUUCGAGAAAAGAAGACGCACUUUGAGUUCGAGGGCACGGAGCUCCCAAUCAUUUGGACGUGUAACUGUUUGGGGCCUCAGGUACUCGGUACUGGCAUUUGUUGA